AUGUCUUGCUAUAAAGUUUAAGAAGAAGAAGAUAAUUGGUUGCAGAUGUCUUGUUUUGGGAGUAGUAAAAGCCUAAUUGUAUUUUUCCAAACAAAUUCCCUUCAGCUGUCUGAAGUUCAUAGUUCAUCAUGUUUGUCUAGGUUAUACUUGAUAGAUAGAAAGUUAUCUAGUCCUUUCUCAGUAUAGAUGAAGUUAACCCAUUGUUUAUAUCAUCCAUCAAACUGUACUUGUUUCAAUUGUAUAUCAUGUGCUGUCCGUCUAAGUAGCCUCUUGUUUGUUCCUAAACUCUCAGAUAAGUUUUACCAAAGUCUCAGAACUCAGCUUGUUCACAGUCAUUGUUAGGAAAGGCAAGGCAGUGCAAAUUUCAAAUCUUUCUACUCAGACACAGACGCCUCAAACCUUGUCCCAGAAAUCAUGCGUGACAAUGUUAAAUGUCAUGAUAGACUGAGCCAUAUUGUCUGAUAAGAACAUUAAAGCAUUUUUAAUGAAAAUGACAACAAAACCAGUGUUUGUUGUUUGAAUUCCAGAUGACCACUAGGGGUCAUUGUGUCUGUUUCAUGUUUAUUAUGAAAUAUCAUGAAGCUUUGUCUUUUUUUAUUUUUUAAACCAUACCUCCUCCUUAUUGUUGUCAUGUUAUUCUUUAGCUUUAGUAUAAAUAGCCCAGUGUUGUCUGGUUUUGUACCUGUAUGAUCGUGUUUUCUGGUUAAGCUGUCUGCUGUCUAAGCAUGGCUACUGGGAAGACUUUCCUCACUAUCUUUUAUCUGCUUGUAUACAGCUGUUUCAGCACAGCUGGAAUUAAAGUCUCACAAGUCACUCAAGUAGAGAAGGGCAUGACAUUGUCUAAGGAAUUACUCCAACGCAUCAAUGAUUUGGCUGAAUUGGUUUUUAAAAAAAAGGAAGACACAGCUCGUGACUCACUCCUCAAAGUCCUCAAAGUCUUUAGUUCUCUUGGCAAAGUUGCAGCAAGUUUUGGCUUUAUUGGGGCAUUAAUUAGCUUCAUCUUUGCAUUCAUUCCACAAUCUAACCCAAUGUUUGAAUUCAUGAAGGAACAAUUUGCAGAGAUCAACCGUAAACUCGACUCUCUCUCCCUUCAAAUUUCAACCCUGCAAACAGAAAUGAAAUGGACAAACUAUGCUAGCAGCUAUGGCAAAGAUGAGAAUGUGAUCAAGAACUCCUGGGCCAAGUUAACAGAAUUCAUAAAGACCGCUCCUGUUGCCUCCACACAGGAACAGAAGACCAGGCUGGCUGAGAGGUUCACCACUUUCUAUGAAAACACAGGCACAGAGAACAGUGUUGCUAAUUUCUACAGAUACAUCACUGAGAACAAUCCUGCCAGCUUGAAUAUGAAUCUCUUACAGCUCAUUAUUGAGAAAUCCAAUGGUGAUUUUAAUGCCCUGGUCCAAUACACCACCUACUUCACCACUCUGAUGGUUUCAGGACUAAAGUUAAAUGUGUUUUAUUACAAACUAAAGGGCUAUGAUGAUAAAGCAAAGGCACGAGAAGCAGUCACACAACUGUCCAACACUUUAUCAGCCAUACAGGAUGCCUUGAUUGAGUGUGCUGAUGGCUUUGAGACAUGGGCUUAUAAGGACGCUUUGAAACUUAGCAAUCAACGAUUCUCAAGUAAUAAAGAGCUAGCUACAGAUAUUAAGAAACAUUUGGAGAACAAGUUCCACUGGUUCAAAUGGAUAGUAAUUGCCCACUCAAUCAAAGAUGUGGAGUAUACCUUUGGACAGUCGAUUAACUUUGAUGCUCAAGAAAAGGCAUCAAUUCACCUAAUUCAUCAAGAAAAGGGCUCUGCUGUCGAUCAAAGCACAAAGGCCAACAUUCAAUCCAGCGUGCAAAAAGAAAUGGCAGGUUUGAGCAUUACCAUGCAGUGUUUAACAAUGAAGGAAGAGCUGCUCCACAGGUUUGGUGCUAAAGUUAUCAGCCACAUAAAGUUUCUUCAUGUUGUUAAAAAAACAUCAGAUUAUGCACAGACAGAUGUGGCGGAUAUUGAGCUGAGUUGUCAACCAGGACCUCACUCCCUCAGAGACUUUAGUAUCUUCCUCAAAGGAAAUAUUGUGAAGCCUCCCUGCUCAGACGUGAAUUGUAAAAAUGGAGAAUGUAAACCCAUCAAGGACACCACACAAGGAUUCUGCAAGUGCCAUACAAUGUUUCAUGGUCCAGCUUGUGAGGAAAGCAUCCAAAAUUUUAUUGACUAUGAAGCUCUUGAAGGUGAAAUGGAUGGUAUGAUCUAUCAACCGGUCCCCGAUCUGACAGCAAUUUAUUUUAGUGUCAAGGAGCUGAAGGACUACACUAAAGAAAUAAUUGAGUCUGUCCGACAUGACAUCCAGUGGACACAAAUCUUUGUGAAAUACAGCAAUGUGAUUCAGAGAUUUCGCUACAUCAACAAACUUCAUUCACAUCUUAAAAACAGUACAAUAACCCAACGCCACUAUGUUUCUGAAGUUGGGGCUCUGUUCACAGGGGGACACUCUUUUCAGUUUUAUCUCACAAACUUUCACCACAUGAUGAUGGGCACUGGAUUUGGAGACAAACACAACAUUCUGGAUAUUUUUCGCAAGUCACUGGUCCAGGACUCACAAAGUCAGUCUGGUGAACCAGUAGAGUGCACAAAAUACUACAGUGACCAGACUGAUUAUUUUGUACGCUACCUGUUUGUCCUUGAAAAGGAAGCUGUUUUAGCUUGGUCAAAAUAUUCACUGGUCACUGGAAAAUCAGAGAACGUUGAUUUUGUUAAGAAGUUUUUUCAGGACUAUGUCUCACAGCAGUGGAGACUCUUCAAUAAAAAUGGAUGUGGCCCUCUAAAGGCUGGGAAUCUUCAGAACAACCACUGUGAGAAGCUCUACCACAGCACAGCCCAGCAGCAGGUCAAACUCAAAUGUGCUGGACCAUACAAGCCCUUCCCCGAGACCGUGGUGUGCUCUGGUGGGAAGUGGAGUGCCCUAACUGUGUGCUAUGCUGAGCAGGUAAACGGGCGAGUCGAGUGCAGAUCUGAAGGUGGAGCCACCGUCUGCAAGGCCUCGUGCUCGACUGGCUGGGGCUCCGCCACACACCCUCAGCCAGCGGAGUACAAAUGCUCACAGCCACCCUGUCCUUCCUUCAUACCUCACAAGUGUAACAACUGCACACAAAACAGCGUUUGUAAGUACAAUGAGGUCUGCACUGGCAUCUUCGGCACAUGUCGUGAUGCAUGCCUGGUGAAUCCCUGUGGAGUGAACACCAAGUGCUACUCCAAAAAUCACGGCAGGGUCUGCAUCUGUGUGAGUCCGUGGAAAGGAGACCCAUACCAGGGAUGCAAGAGUCAGGACCUCAAGUGGGUUCAGCCCAGCAAAGCGCACGGCAAUGCUGUUCGUUCUAAAACCAACCUUGUGGUGUGCAAAGCCGUCGGAAGUGAUGGUGGGUGGCACAGUGGAUUUGUAAGCAAACAGCAUUGCUAUUAUGAACAAGACUGGAGAACUUAUCAAGCCAAAAGCUAUGAGGUUCUGGUUGAUCCGUGCGAAGGACGUGGUUGGAAAUGGGUGGAGGGGGCACAAGGAAACAUGCUCACAUAUGACGAAUCAAGGAGGUUUCCAGGAGUCAAAUACUACGUGUGUAGUUUGAAGAGCAAUGGCUAUGUAGGGAAGCUUUUCAACACACGACAUGGCUUUCUGUGCCAUUUUCCUCGUGGCUCAUAUACAAGGGAUGGCCAGUUCUAUGCUCUGGUUCCACAACCAUGUCUCUGAAGACACUUCACCAUGAUUCACUGUUCAGUGCUUAAGUUUCUCUAGUUCCUUUUUCAAGCUUUGAUUUGGUGGAGGUGCUGUAUUCAUCUUUCAAAAGACAGACUGAACCUAAAUGCACAGACGGAAAAUAGUAGCCAACUCUCGCGAAACAUUUAUGCAACUAGUAUAAACACAUUUAUUUGGUUGUUUUUCAGUUCUAAAUUGUAUUAGACAUUAGAAUCUGAUGAAAGUGAGCAAGUGGAGUGCAUUUCCACCUGCAGGAUAUGUUAUGUAAGUUUGUUUGCAGUAAAAUUCAGUGUCCUCCAGACUGUAUUUCUAUCCCUCACAGCCUUGUUUUCACUUGCAUUAAAAAAUAAAGUAUGGCAUCAA